AUGACUGUUUUCUCUGUUGAGCUCCUGGGGUUAAGGAUCUUUGUUUCAAUAAUUGGAAUUAUGGGUAAUGUGUUUCUCAUCCUCUCCCUUGCUCAGACCAAGUUCUCCCGGGUGAAGCCCUUUGAGUUUUUCCUCCUGGGACUGGCCGCGUCCAACCUGGAAACGCUUGUCAUUGUGGACAUCUAUGAUCUAACCAUGUUGACGGAGUCCUCCAUCUCCAGCACCUGGGUAUGUCAGUCCCUCAAGUUCCUGACUGUGUUUGGUGAAACCAGCAGCAUUCUCUUCACGGUCCUCAUCAGCAUCUUCCGCUACCAGAAGUUAAGAGACGGCAACAGGAGGGUCAACCUUCCAGUCUUCCUGGACAGCAUCCGGUCAGCCUGGAUGGUGAGCGUCUUUUGUGUGACUCUUGCUUUACUGUUGAGCGCCCCGAUUUAUGACAUGAACACAAGUAACAAUGUGGACAACUUAACAAGCACCAGUAGUGGCUGCCCCCUGGACUUCUUCCAAUGUUACAGAGACCACUGUCCAGCUAAGAACCUCGCUUACAAGUACUUCUUCAUCCUGGUGAGUAACCUGCUGCCUCUGCUCAUUGUCACAGCAACCGGCUGCCUCAUCAUCACGGUGCUAUUGAGCCAGCAGAGGAUGAUAACACCGGCACUGAGUGUCAGUACGUCACAGCAGUCCUGCAAGAGGAGCAAGUAUCCGCGGUUCCAGCGCAGCACACUGGCCGUGCUGGCGGCCAUGGUCCUGUUCCAGGUCGAGUGGACUCUUUACCUGGUCUUUCACCUGGCUUUUAGCCCUGAUGACUUCCGUUUUUGGUCUGAAAUCGAGUUCUUUAUCGCUACAUCCUAUACAACUGGCAGUCCUUAUGUGUAUGGGAUAGGGAAUAACAUAUUCUCCCUGAAGAACUUUAGAAAGAAGUGA